AUGCAGCAACACAGAUCCGCCCUCUCGCCCCUUCCCGAUAUCGUGCGCGGCCCAUCCGCACCGCCGCGACUACCACCUCGCCCUUCUCCACCACCGCCUGCUCCAGACUUCCUCGUCAUCGGCUUGUUCGCCCUGCGACUCACCAAGCGGUUGAUUGAAAGCCUCGAGUACUAUCCCGGUCGUGAUGCCGACAUCAUCUGGCUCGUUAACUUCCUCUCGCCCUUCCACAACGACUACGAACUAGCGAAGAUCUCAGGUGCACGAAGAGAUGACUACCUCGCGACGUAUCAGAGCAUCGUCUCACGGAUGAAGAAGCAGCCAAAGUACCCUAUGCGGUUCAUGCAGAUGAAUCCGGAUCAAUCGGCGCAGCCAACAAGGCGAGGAAGCGAGAUGGAGCGAUCGAGGGACAUGACCGAUGGUGAGUAG